GGAUCAACGACCAAUCAAAGCAAGAAGCUCCAACCAGCCCCUCGAAGGCAACGUUUAGCUUGAGCGAGAGAAAGUCAGUAGGAGCGAAAGAUUGAAAAGACUCAGGUGAGAGGUCAUUAGUGGAACGCCAGAGAAGUACGGGGCUCCGGUUACACUUGGAAGGUGAAAGGGAAGGAAUAGAUUAGUGCUAGAGCCGAAGAGGACCAGGAAGGACAAGUGAGCUGCAAGUCACCACUGCAUUAAACCUUGGACAAGGAGCUUCAGGCAACAGUAGAAAGAAGUUAUCUGUGGUCCACCCCAACAUGUGGUUUUUAGCAGUGUUGUGGAUUUCUUCCCUGCUGAUGGGAUCCCAGGUUCAGAGCAGUGCUAACCUUCGUCGAGCAAAUGCUGGGAAUGGUCGCUGUCAGUACACCUUUAUGGUGGACAGCCCUACUGAGGCCAGCUGUCCAUCACCAGGUUCAACUCCUGAGAUGGAGGCUCUGAUGUCUCGCCUGGGGCUGCUAGAGGCACUGGUUGCUCGUCUCGUAGGAGGGGAAGCCAUGCCAGAAUCAUCACAGAGCUCGGGAUCUGGCCUUCAGGACUCUUACAACCAGGUGAUGGGGGAGAACGCGCAGCUCAAGAGAGAAAAGCAGAGACUAGACAGACAAGUUCAGGACCUGCAGCAGAGGAUGGAAGAGCUCCGCCAAGAGGCUGAGAGGCUGAGGAGCAGACCCUGCAUGCAGCAAACUUCUUCCAGAGUGCCGCAAAAAGACAACAGCUUCAGACCGGGAUCAGGGCAUGUACCCUCCAACUUGGCAUCCAGACCUGGGAAUCCACAAGAAGACAAAAGUAGUUUAAGAGACCCCGCAUGGCAGUACUCAAAUCCCGGAUACCAAGAGUUGACGGCUGUGGUCACCGAGGUGACUGCCCCAAAUCAGGACGGUCCAGCAGAUAUCUCAGGCUGUGGUGAUCUGGUGUGGGUUGAAAAUCCUGAGGUGCAUCGUAAAGCUGAUAGUAUUGCUGGUAAAUAUGGUGUGUGGAUGCAAGAUCCAGAAGCCAAGGAACCUUAUGGUCCAGACAUGGUAUGGCGUAUUGAUUCUGUCGGUUCUGAAGUGCGUCAACUCUUCGGAUAUGAAAACAUGGACCAGCUGACACGUGGCUUUCCCACCAAGGUUCUACUCCUGCCAGAAUCUGUAGAGAGCACAGGUGCUACCAUGUAUAAAGGCUCCUUAUACUACCAGCGGAGGCUCAGCCGCACCCUAAUAAGAUACGACCUACAUGCUGAGAGCAUUGCUGCUCGUCGUGAUCUACCCCAUGCUGGUUUCCAUGGUCAGUUCCCCUACUCAUGGGGUGGCUACACAGACAUUGACUUGGCAAUAGAUGAAAAUGGCUUAUGGGCUAUAUACAGCACAAAUAAAGCCAAGGGUGCUAUCGUGAUCUCCCAGCUGGACCCUCACAACCUUGAGGUGAAGGGUACCUGGGAAACAAAAAUCCGCAAGACAUCUGUGGCUAACGCUUUUAUGAUCUGUGGCAAGCUCUACACAGUUGCUAGUUACACCUCACCAAACACCACGGUUAAUUACAUGUUUGACACUGCAACCAGCCAGGGUAAAGCAAUAUCAGUGCCCUUCAAAAACCGUUAUCGCUACAACAGCAUGGUAGACUACAACUCCGCAAAAAGAAAGCUGUAUGCUUGGGAUAAUUAUUACAUGGUGUCUUACAGUGUGAGACUUGGCAAGCAGGAGUAAACAUUGUAAAUUUCCAUAUCAUCAAAGCUUGCAUUUUUUUUUUUUACUUAAAACAUCCAGUAGGACGUCAAUUGUUGGACUUACUGAUUUUCAAAGACAAUGAACUUUUUUUUCUGAAAAAAGAACUGGAUAAGUCAACCAAUCAGGCUUUUGCUGGUAUUUGUAUAGGAAACUGAGUGUGUGUGUGUGUAUACCAAAUAAAACACUUUCCUGGUAACAUAAAAACAGAGUUUUUUCAAGAUUUUCCCAUUAUAUACAGUAAAUACCUUACAAUUAACUGCAUUGUAUAUCCUUCUCGAUCAUAGAUUUAUCUUUGAUAAAAAAAGAUGUUGACCAACAAGUUCCAAAAUGGAUAAUGUAUCAAAUCAUGUCGAUAUUCACAUCCUUAAUAAUUUUAUCCACUUAACAUGUUAAUAGAGAAAUUAUUUUUCUACCUAUGUAAGUAAUGUCUUGUCUGUUUUUGUGUAUAUGGCACUGAAUAAAUUCAAGGAAGGGGGAAAAUAUACUAGCAAACAACUGAUUACAGCAAGCCUGCUUCUUAAUUCAUAUAUCAUUGAGCAGUACGCAACUUUACGAACCUAAACCUUUGCUUGUUGUGUUUGUGCUCUAAUACUUUAUCAUAUAAUCUUCACUCUGUAUAUGAUGAUCAUUUUCCCUUCUCUCUUUUGAAUUUGCUGCAAAUCUCACAUGCUGCUUGAGAUGUUAAGAUUGGGAUUUUGUGGCUUUGGAAGCGUAUUAACUUGAAAAUAAAGAUUUAUAAAGUCUGCCAA